UCAUAUAUAUAUGCAUUUUGUAACCUAUAACUGAAGCAAAACAGUAUGGCUUGCAGGAAUUUUUCCUUUAAAGGAAAAUUUAAUGAUGCUUUCAAUUAGGAUAAUAGUCGUAUCUAUAGCUCCUUGUUGGCUGAAUCAUCAUAAGGUCCGAGAUUUAUCGAAAUAAAGUGAGGUUAAAGGUUGACAGACAAUCAUGAGGAAGGAGAUAGGAUUAACGUUAACAUUCCUAAUUUUUGCAUUAGUUGUCCCUGUUACAGUUCAAUACAAGCCCAUUAUAUUUAUGCAUGGCAUUAUCGGGAGUCCUUCUGAGGCAGAAUUUUUGAUUUCUACUCUUAGUAAGGUUCAUCCAGGAACACAGAUAACAGCAGUCAAUGCCUUCAAUAAAGAGAAAAGUUUUUCACCACUAUGGGAACAAGUCAACAAUAUUACCAAGAUAGUUCAACCUAUAAUGAACAGCAAUCCAGAUGGUGUCCAUCUCAUAUGCUUUUCUCAAGGUGGUCUGAUAUGUAGAGGUUUGCUAUCUGUAUUGGAACAUAAUGUUGACACGUUUAUAGCUUUAAGUUCACCAUUAGCUGGUCAGUAUGGUGACACAGACUACCUGAAGGACUUUUUUCCAUACUACCUCAAAGAAACCAUAUAUAAAUACUUCUACACAAAGAAUGGACAGAAAUGGUCUGUAGCAAAUUACUGGAGAGAUCCCCACCAUACAGAUCUGUAUCACCAGUUUUCAUCUUACUUAUACAAGCUUGAUAGCGGACAGAAUUCAAACUACAGAAAUAACUUUCUACGUUUAAAGAAGCUGGUAUUGAUAGGAGGUCCUGAUGAUGGAGUUAUAACUCCAUGGCAGUCUAGCCAUUUUGGAUUUUAUGAUGAAAAUGAAAAAAUCAAAGAAAUGAGAAAUCAAGAGUAUUUUUUAAAUGAUACAUUUGGAUUGAAGGAAUUAGAUGGUAGAGGAGCAAUAGAUACAUACAUUAUACCUGGAGUAGAACAUGUUUACUGGUACAGAAAUACAACUGUGUUCAACAAGUACAUUGAACCAUACUUAACAUAGUACAAGGAGCAGAGAACACUGCAUUGAUUUAUUUCUUUUUAGACAAAAGUGGAAGUUUUAUAUACAUUAAAUAAUAGUUGCCAGAAGACAUCUUUCAAACUUUUUACCUAUCUGCAUCUGCAAUAAAUCAUUUCCUUUUUUAUAAUUUAUAAAGGUUUUAUGCACAGUAGGUAUGUAAAUUCUAUGUUCCCACAGAACCAUGGAAUCAUUUCAAUUAUUAAAAUAAAACGUGAAACUUACUUAUUGUUUAAAAUUUUAAUCAAAUUAAUUUGUAACAUCAACAUAUACAUUUUAUUUAUAAUGAAUUAAAUAAACAGUAUUGAUUAAAUAUUUACGUUGCAGUUAUGCCUAUCUGAAAAAGAUGGUAUUAAAAAUAAUGUCUAUCAUUUAGUGGAUAGAUUCUUUAAAAAAUGGUAAGUUGUCCUGUUACCCAUGAAAUAUCACAUGACAAUCUGUAUGCUGGAGAUCUCAUUUUUGUUGGUUAGUUGAUGGGUUCAAUUUCUAAGACUGUCCCCCAUGAACCCUUCUGUGCCUGUAAGGAAAAUAAUGAAAAAUAGGUCUUAAGAAAAUUUACUAGGAAUUUCUGACGGCAACUAUUAUUUGACCAAUAUUUUUAAAUCAUAGAUUGAAUUAAAUCCAUACUUUUUUUUAAUUAAAGAAUGGCAAUUAGGAUUGAGAAUGAUACUCGAAAAUGAUUUAAGGGCAUAUGAUACAGUAGGAGGCCAGGGAAGGUAAUGUCUCUUAUGGAAUAAUGGAAAACGAUAAAUUUCAAAAGCUGUCAUAGGAACUCCCGAUUUUUCUUGGCUGGAUGAAUAUGCACUAACUUCGGAAUGCUGUAUAAAAAUUUUAAAAAUACACAAUGCCAAAUUAUUUUCUGUCUAUUUUUUUAAUUGCUAGUCAAAAUCCUUUAUUGCAAUAUUAGAUACUUAAUUUAAAAUAUUUUGAAUUUUAAUUCACUUAUAAUUUGUUAAUAUAUUAAAUGCCUGCCAAAUUAGAAGGUUUUGUAGAAAUCUGGAAGAGAGGAACAUGUAUGUUCUUGUUUAAAGUUAUGAUAUUUUUCUAAAAAAUUGCAAAAAAUUGGAAAUUCCCAAAUCUUUCAGCAAAAAAACUAUGAAAGUGAGUCAUGAGGUUAUAUUUUUCUUGUUUAUUUGAAAAGUACAUUCAUGCAUGAACAUUGACUGUUUCCAUAUUUCAGGAGGAUAAAACAAUGUCAUAUCUUUACUGUAUCUUAUCUACUUAAUAGUCAGUACUGAGAUUAUCAAAUCUAUACAAAAACUGUUCAAAUGUAUUACUUAUAUUUAUUUAUAGAAUUUAUUGAACAAUGUCUUUGUGUAUUAAUGGAUGUAGCUAAUGUUUCACCUCAGUCAAAAUGGUUUUAAAAGCCUAAAGAGAAUGCUUGAAAUAAAAGUAGAAUAAUUGUCUUUAAUUAGAAUACACAUUGAGGUCAGUCUUUAACAUGAGGGAUUGUGUUUACCAAUUUUAGGUAGUUCUAAAACAUUGCAAGAAAACAUCAAUGGUGAUUUGUACAGAAGUAGUCUGAUAUAUUGAAUUUAUUCUUGAAUUUAAUUUUACAUCAGCUAGAAUGUUUGAUAUUAUACAGUUGCUCAUAGUGUUAUAAAUUAUACUUGCUAAUUCAGGUCAACAAAGUUGAUUGACUUAUGGUACCCUUAGCAACCAGACUGUUGCUAUUUCUGUAGCAAUAGCCAUUUCCAAUAAAACAAUUGACCUAUAUUCCUGUAACUUGUUGUGAAGUUACUUCUAGUAUAGUCAACCACAUCCCUUAUAUUUGUCAUACUUUAUUCAUAUUUCAUUUUCAUUGGUUUUUGUCUCGCCUUGACGGAGUCAAAAAGCGAGACAAAGGUAUGCUGUUUCUGGCGUCAGCGGUGUCAACAAUGUAUUAGUUUGUGAUUAGGUCUAAUUCAUGGUGAACCACUAGUGGUAGGUCAAUGAUAUUUGGUAUGCAGUUGUAUUAGCAUUGGCACAUCUCAUUACCAUGGAGAUUAUUUGGCCCUGCUCCCUUAGUCAAGGUCUAUUGACUUUGAAACUUUUCAUAGUUUACAUGUAUUAGUUUGUGAUUAGGUCAAUUUAUGGGGAACCACUAGUGGUAGAUCAAUGAUAUUUGGUAUGCAGUUGUAUAAGCAUUGGCAUAUCUCAUUUCCAUGGAGAUUAUUUGGUUCCGCCCCCUUAGUCAAGGUCUAUAGACUUUGAAAAUUUUGCUAAGUUAACAUGUAUCAGUUUGUGAUUAGGUCAGUUCAAGGGGAACCAUAAGUGGUAGGCCAAUGUUAAUUGGUGUUCAGUUGUAUAAGCAUUAGCACAUCUCAUUUCCAUGGGGAAUAUUUGGCCCCGCCCCCUCAGUCAUGGUCUAUUUACUUUGAAUAUUUGGCUUAGUUUACAUGUAUUAGUUUGUGAUUAGAUCAGUUUAAGAUGAACUGCUAAUGUUAAGUCAAUGAUAUUUGGUAUGCAAAUUUAUUGGCAUUUGCAAGUAUCGUUUCCAUGGUGAUUAUAUAGUCCCACAUAGGUUUGUUUAAAGGGAACGAUUUAUAAUAAGUCAAUGGUAUUUGGUAUGCAGUUGUAUUAGCAUUGGCACAUCUCAUUCCAUGGAGAUUGUUUAGCCAUGUACCUUCAGUCAUGGUUUAUCGACUUUGAAUAUUUGCAUAACUUACAUGUUAAAGUAUUGCUAUUUUAAUUUCAACGUUUGCAUUAUCAAAAUUACAAAAAGGCGAGACAUAUCUCUGUGAUAACAGUUUAUUUAUAUGCUAGACAUUCAUGGUAACCCUGAUCUGCAUUUUAUGUUGCAUUUACUUAGGUUGAGUUAAUCUAAUUUCACUUAUCAGUGCCAAUGUGUUACAUUCUGGAAUAAAUCUUUCUCAUUAACUGUCUCCUUUUCAAUGAAGUGAGACCUAUUGUUUUAGUAGUUUUUUGUCUUGUUUUUCUAGUUCUGGUUCUCAUACAUCCUUGUCAGGGUUCAACCUUAUUUCAUCUUAUGACAUUAAAUUAUUGAUACAUGUAUUAAGUAUGUUAAGAAUGAAGGUGUAUUACCAUUGAUAUUAAGUUUGAAGGUGUAUUACCAUUGAUAUUAAGUUUGAAGGUGUAUUACCAUUGAUAUUAAGUUUGAAGGUGUAUUACCUUUGAUAUUAGGUUUGAAGGUGUAUUACCAUUGAUAGAAGGUUUGAAGAUGUAUUACCAUUGAUAGAAGGUUUGAAGAUGUAUUACCAUUGAUAGUAGGUUUGAAGGUGUAUUACCAUUGAUAGGUUUGAAGAUGUAUUACCAUUGAUAGUAGGUUUGAAGGUGUAUUACCAUUGAUAGUAGGUUUGAAGGUGUAUUACCAUUGAUAGUAGGUUUGAAGGUGUGUUACCAUUUAUAUUAAGCAUGAACCUGUAUUACCAUAAGGGACCUUAGUGCAAUGCCCAGUGGUCUAAGUAGUUAAUCUACAUUGAUCACUAGCCGUUCUUAAACUGAGGUUUAAAGUUCCAAACCUUCUAGUGGUAGAUACUUUGGACUAAUCUUAAUUGACAAGGAAUGUGAGAGGUUUAAGGUUUCCUGGUGAAAGUCAUAUUUCUCUCUUGUUUUCCAGUUUCCUCCACCAAUAAAAACUGACAGUCAUGAUAUAGUCAAGAGUGAGGCAUUAUAAAACACCAACAAUCAAUUUAUUUCAAUAUUAUCAUCAAUUUCAUGUAACCUUGACCUUUGACCUUUAGGUCAAAACAAUUUAUUAUUAAUGAUAUUUCUUUGACAUAGGUGUUUGACAUCAUAAGAAGAUGUGUUGCAUACCAUUCCAGAUAACAUCUGGACUGACCUUUAAAAUUAAGAUUAAGUAAUUUAAUUUUUUGGGAACUCUUAUGUCCAGCCCAAAGACAAUAUUAUUGUAUGCUUUAGAUUUUUACCCUGGGUUCAUGUCCUGCCACCUCAUGUAAUAUAUUGUUAAAUAUUUAAAAAUCGAUUCAGAUCCCCACCUCUUGAUCAUGUACAUUCUUAAUUGGCAUUAUAAGAACUUUUUAGUGAACCCUAUUUUGUCCCUUGAGUAUGCCCUUCCCCCCAUAUUAUCAUUAGUUGAUUAGAGUCUGAUGGCUGUGAUAAUACCUUUCUGAUACAAUCUAUUGAUAACAUAUAUUUGUUAUAAAGUCAUAUCAUGAAAAGGUAUAGGUUAAGAUUGAAUUUUAUUCUGGUAGAGUAACGGUAAUGUUUGCAUAGUUGUGGCCCUAGGACAUAGAAAGAUACUUACAAAUAUUAUUCUUGGGCAUUUUUAUUCGGCAAUGCAUGAAUCAUUUGCAUAGAUAGUUUGAGUGGCUUUCUGGUUGAGUAAUUUUUGUGAAAAUUGUUGCUUAUGAUAUAUAAAAUUAUUUGGUGUGAUGCCCAGCACCUUCUAUAAUAAUUUUAUAACUGUUAAAUUUAUAAGAAAACAGUUUAGAUUUCCACCCAUUAGCCAUUUUAAUUUCAAUGACAAGACCUUUUUAGUGCAUCAUUAAUAAGGGGGGCUGUCAUUACCUCCCAUUCUAUAAUGUGUUUGUUGUGUCUUUCCUUUACUAGAGUGACUUCUGAGUGAAGAGGUGAUAUAUGUACGAGUUAACUAAAACAGUUCCAUAGUGUUAAAUUGAUUGGUGAGAAUUUAGAGUUUUGGCUUAAGAAUUACUAUCUCCUGGUCAUUUAACUAGGUAUGCAGGAAGCAUUUAUUACAGCAGGAACUUAUCACCUGUCAGGAGCACCCAAGUUUACCCUUCUUUUUAGGUGGGUACAUGACAAUGAAUCUUUUAAUUUACAUUUUAGUUUUUUAUGUACUGUUGCUUGUGUUGUAUUCAUUUUUAACAGUGGCGUUACUGACUAGAAAUACUUAAUUAUCUGUUAUGUAGAUUUCUUGUUAUUUUAGUUCUCUCUUCAAUCACAUAUCAAGUUUAAAUUAUUGUAUUAUAUGCUAUUGAAAUAUUUAUACUAGAAGUAACAGAAAGAAAAAAAAAUCACAAAAAAAAAUUUAAGCAAAGUGACUUGAAUAAAAGAAAUGUUCACAAAAUUUUUUUUACCUGUACAUAUAAUUUUAACACAAGUGUUUAGAGCGAGCACUGCCUUGUAAAAAAAAGACUGUUUCCAUAGUCUCAUUAACAAAACAGUGAUGAAUAAAUAAUCUUUCAUCCCUAUAAUUCCUAUGUAAAUAUGUUACAAGUUAUAGUAUAACAUAAUUUUAAACCAAUUUUUAAGCUUCUCAAAUAUCAAUUGAAUAUUUAACAUUUGGUUUCGUUUUUUUGUAAUUUUUUCUAGUAUUUGUAAUAAUGAAGCAAGGAGAAACAUUUACAUGUUAUAUUCAAUUUUGAAUACAAACUGUAUGUGAGCAACACCGGAUAUUGGUACUAGCUGAAGGGGAGAGAAGUUGUCAAAUUUUGUAGUCGCAGUUAAGAAUUCCAAUUUUUUAUGCAUUUGCAAUUAUUUGCAAAUGUCUAAAGAUUUGUAUAAUGAAAUAUUGGGAAUUGACCUGUUCCCCAAAUCAUUUAGGAAUGUUAGACAUCAGCGUUUAUCUGGAGGUAAAAAAAAACCAAACACCAUCUAGUACCGGAAAAAAGAGGCACUGAUUACUUCAGUUCAAGAAAAGUUGCUGAUUUAAUGCAUCUAAAUGUUGGAUAUUUCUUUCCUAUAAUUCAAUUAUGACCCACUUUACAGUAAAUACACAAGACCUUAAUUUUCAAAAAUUGUCUUUAAAAUUAUGUAAAUCUUGAAGACAAAGUUUCGAUAGUGUACAGCAACUUCUGUAUUUAUAUGUACAGCAACUUGCAUUUUACAACCUCUCUCAGCUUCAGAUAGUACCGAUUUCCAAUGUUGCUCCCAUACCCUUACAAAGUCAUAUCUAUUUAAUCGCCACUAAUACAAAAUAGUGCAUAAAUUGUUUUGAUUUUUUUCUAUUGAGUAAAUUUUUGUGUACCACUUAUUAUAAUUACUAUUAGGCUUAUUUUAAUAAAAAAAAAAAUUUUUCUUUAUGGAUGGAACUCCUGUUUUUAUUUCAUGUACAUUAUAGCUCAAGUAAGUUUGAAGUACAUAUAAAAUUUUGAGACAUGGAAACAAAUUUAUAACAUUGCUUUCAGAUCAUGUACAAAUUGUUUUUUUAUGUUAGUAUAUUGUAAGAAAAAUAAUGAAAAAAAACAGUGAUGCUAGUAAUUAUGGAACAAAAUAUUGUUGAUUUUGCUCUGUAUAUUAAAAACAUAAAACUUAUUUAUUGAAAGGCAUUGUUAUCAUGCUUAUAACAGAAAUCUUGAUACAUUCCCAAUAUAUUUUGUUAUUUAUUGAUAAAAAAAAUCUAUUUUUAUAUAUUUUAUUGUAAUGCUUAAAAAUUGUUUGAUCUCAUUAAAGUUUGUGCCAAAGUUUA